UGAAAAUCGAUGAACCUGAAUCGAUUCUUCUGUCGUUAGUGGAAAAGCAACCGUUGAAAAACCGUUGACAAUUUGAAAUCCUGUUAUUUGAAUUUAAACAAAGCAUUUUUUGGAAAAAUGAUGGAAAUAUUGCCAAUAUCAGCUGCCGACAAGGGUUCAGCUAGAUUGAAGCAAGCAAUCAACAAGGAAUUAUUUAUUUCUCGUUGUAAAAACCGGAUAAAGGGAAAAAAGAAACUACAGAAAUAUCUGCCCGAACGUUCUAGCUUUUUGUACGAGUUCUUGGGAACAAAAGGAGGAAACCUGAAUUUGAAAACUAACAUUUACAAGGACUUUCUUGGACAAACGGGUCACUCGGAUGACGUCAAGAAUAAGAUUAUUAGCUCAAUGAUACCAGACGAAGUAUUGUGCAAUGCGGAAGAUUACCGACCGCGCCGUUUCAUGACCGCAAUGAUGUUUGCCGAUGUGUCAGGAUUUACGGAUCUGUCGGAGAAAUUCAACCAACCUGGAAAGGGUGGCGCUUCCAAGCUAUCGCAUGUAUUGAACUCGUAUCUGGGAGCGAUGGUACAGGAAAUUCUAUCUCACGGGGGAGACAUAUUGAAGUUUUCCGGAGAUGCUUUUCUGGUGCUAUUCAAGGUCAGUUCAUCGGUUUCGCUACCGGAUGCAACCCAUCGAGCUAUCGAUACGGCAAUCAUCAUUCAGAAAUCCUUUGGUGCAUAUGAAACUGAGGUAGGAGUUACGCUGAGGGUUAAGAUCGCUAUCUCGGCCGGUGAAGUUUACUUUUCUCUGAUUGGAACGGAAAACUUUUCUCAUUAUGUCGUAAUUGGUCAGCCGGUUUGGAAAGUGAAAAUUGCGGAACGAAUUGCCGUAGCAGGUCAAAUUAUUGUCAACUAUUUGGCUUGGAAUUACAUUCAUGACAAUGAAUAUAUUUCUGAACAAUGUGAAGACAGAGUACAUUUCCGAAUCAAAGGAUUCACAAGUGACUGGAGGUCCACCCAACGUUUGAAUAUUUUUGAUAUGUUACAGGAAGAUCGUAUGGAUGAUGAAGGUUCUGAGAUAAUGAUUGGAGCCGAUGAAAUGAAAUUAGACACUGAAACUCUUGGAAUACGACCCAGUCUGAAGCACGUAGGAACUCGUGUAAUAUCUGCUUCUCUGCGAAGGUUCUUAAUAAAACCAAUUCUGCUUGCGAUUGAUAACGAAGAACCAAUGGAAUUUCUGACAGAGAUGCGUCAAAUUGUAACCGUUUUUCUAAAUAUUGUACUUAGACCGAAGGAUAUCCUACCAGUGAUCAAUGAGAUAAACUUUAUUUUAAAAUCCCUUACCGCUCUUGUAGACAACUACGAAGGCAUAGUUAACAAAGUAUCAUUAUUCGAUAAGGACGUAAUGUUUCUAAUCAUUUUUGGGCUGCGAGGAUUCAAACAUGACCUGGACAGUCAGCUGGCUUUACGGUGUGCUGCAGAAAUACGAGAACUAUACAAAUCUAACCCGAAAGUUCUUUCGGCAUCGAUCGGUGUUACAACGGGGAUGACUUAUUGCGGUGUAGUAGGUCAUUUCGUACGCCGAGAGUACUCUGUUAUCAGUGUUACAGUAAAUAAAGCAGCGCGCUUGAUGAUGGCCUAUCCAAAUAAAGUAACAUGCGAUAAAGAUACAUUCAUGAUGAGCAAGUUGGACCCGAUACAUUUUACACUGCAAGAAACCAUCGAACUGAAAGGGUUACAAAAUGUGGGGCCGAUCUAUGAGUUCAAAGAAGUGAUUCCCGAGCGAGAAAUGAUUAAACCCAUAGAAUAUGAAUAUCCUUUAGUAGGAAGGAACGAAAUUCUAGAAGUAUUCCAAGAGAUGUUGGAUGAUGGCCUGUUUCUCACGCAACAUAUGAGCUCGAACGAACAACAUCAAGAAUACGUCUACCAAAGCUGUCUUUUGAUAAGAGGAGAAGCUCAAAUGGGAAAAACUCGUUUGUUGAAUGAGAUUUUUCACAUUUCUCUGAAAAACAAAAAAAUUAGCACACUUAGACUGACACUGUCAAUGAAUGAUGUUAAAAAACCCUUUUCGGCAGCCUGUUUGUAUCUUUCAAGACCGCUAGGUUUUACAGAAACGAUUACUAGUAUAACCAGACAAAAUCGAGUCAAGCAGUACCUGAAGGAGUAUAACUUCGAUCAACAUCUAGCAUUGCUCAAUGAAAUCCUGGAUACUGAAUUUCCUGAGACGAUUAUCCUUCAAAUGAUGAACAAACCCGAGCAAGAUGCAAUGCGAAAAAAGCUGUUUGAACUGUUGUGUCAUAAGGCCUUUCAAAACCUGUGGGUACUGAUUAUUGAUGAUGUUGAAUUUAUGGACGACGAGUCGUUCGAGCUGUUUGAAUUUCUCUGGAAGAUGCCUCAAGUUAUCACGGUGCUUGCACUGGGCUACCAGCGGAGAUUAACACAACAAUACAUGAAGUUAUUUGAUAGUCCUUACGUGUGUCAGUUGAAGCUGACCCCGAUUGAUACGCUGCUGCACAAGGCGAUCGCGUGUCAGUUUUUGAAUGUGAAUGCUAUUCCACUGGAUCUGGAGCGCGCUAUCCAUACCAUGAGCAGCGGAAAUCCCGGAUGGAUGAACACCUUCGUGAUGUCACUGAAACAGAGUGGCUUGUUACGCAUCGUACGGAUGGGAUCCUUCGAAGCCCAUGCAAAGGGUUACGUGUUCUGCGAGGCAAACCUGCUGAUUCGAUCCAGUACACGAUCUACGCUAUCGUUCCGAAUGAGCGGUGCCGAUUGGGAAUUGUUCGAAACGUGCUGCGAGGAAGAACAGUUCCUUCCGUAUGCAUUGGCGAACCUGUCCAACAAGCUGGUUGAUGUGGCUUGUCUGAAGGCGGAUAUUGACACCCAGAAUUACUUUUCGUCUUCCUGCCUGGAUGCCUUCCAUUUGAUGUUGUACGAUUCACUUUCAUCCUAUGAACAGUACGUAUGUAAAUGUGCUGCAGUCCUCGGAGAGAAAUUCCUGCGGGUUGCAUUGAUCUUUGUGAUAGCGCAAUAUAAGGAACGAGAUGUUGCUAUUACAAUUCAAAAAUUGUUUGAUCUUCAAAUACUAUCGUGUGCUAUCGGAGACUUUAGUGUCGGGAUCACUCUCUAUCAGAAGAACGUCAACACCGAAGAUCUACCAAAGGGUACUUGUGGUUGUAUCAAUUUGGUGAUCGAACGAUCCUGCCGCGAUCUUCCGCGAUAUGCAGCGUGUGGAUACUCAAAAUUCAAUUCUAAUUUAUUCCGCCAGACGGUCUACAAUUUACUAACCGAAGAACAGAAGACCGAGUUCCACAGCCGGGCGCUAACAUUCAUAGAACGUGAGACUAAGCGAUGCGAAUCUUGCGGAGGAGGUCCUUUGCGUAAUUUGAUCACUAGCGAUGAUCAGUUUGAUGUCAUUACGGGAUUUAGAAAACGUACGGAUUCCGAUCAGUCUUAUAAAAAUCUGCUUUAUAAAAGCUGUGUCAGCGGAUUUUCAAUGCAGUCAUACAAACGGGACGACACCAUACUCGACUGUUUCUGGUGGCGUAGACAUGACAAACCUUGCGUCAGGGUUCCUAUUCUAAGCUACCGAGAGUACGAUUUUACCCAGUGCCGCUGUCAUAUGAUUCUUUACUCCAUGUAUAAAGAAAUUGUUUUCCAUAGCCAUGGUGCGGGUAUGGCAGAGAAGCAUGUGGAGGCGCAAAUCGAGUGGGCAAACUGCUGCAUCAAGAUUGCUAAUAUUCCCAAAGCGAUUCAGAUGCUGGAAAGCGUGCAGAAGCAAAUAAAGGAAAUCGACCGGUCGGAUAACAUAGCUUUAGUGACAUAUUUGAAAGGACGCUUGUACACACAGCUGGCAGUGUGCCGGUUCAAGCUGGAGCAGUACAGCCUAGCAACUGAAUAUUUCUACACGGCUUCAGAAGUGAUGGGUAUGCCAUUCCCGAAGUCCAGCAAAAUCGCAAAAAUGGAAUUUAUCAGGCUCUUUUAUAAAGUGAAGAACAUGGUGCGCAGAAGCGACCUGUGUCUGGCGGAACGUCCGAAAUCAAUUUGGUACGUACUGAUCGCGUCCCAGCUAUCUUCCUGUUUCGGUGGAAUGAUGCAUCUGUUCCGCACAUUAACCAAAUGGACCCUGGCUCAGCUGGCAGCGGUUUGGAGUUUGAAACACGCUCUCAAAUAUCGACGAAAUCCGUCUGUUUUAGUAGACGCUUUUGCCGGCAUGUUUCAAAUUGCUUUUCACAUGGGAUUUUCGGAUGACAUAACAUGGAUGCAGGAGAAAUCCCUCAACAUUAUUGCUGAUAACGUAGAUUACAUCGACAUGGACUACAUGAAAUCUGUCGUCAAAUACUACACCGCAUUGUUGAUGUGUCAAACUAUUCGAUCUACGAAAUUACUUUCCAUAGAGUUGGGUAAGGUUGUCCUAAGAAUUACGGACACCCUACAAUACAGAACUGGAGAUUGGGACAUCAUUCCUAUCCUAGCCGAGCUUUUAAUGUCACAUCGGAAAAUCUCGGAGGCAGUUAGUAUGCUUUGGAGCUUUCAAAGUUUGACAGGUAGAUACAAGGAUAGCUCUGGACGAGCUUGGUACUACGCCAUCGCCUUGGAUAUUCUUUUGGACUCGAGUUGCUGUAUAGAGACGUACAAAAACUGCGAGAGUUUCAUUCUGAAAAAUAGCGAAGCAAUUGGUUAUCAACGGGACACGUAUGCCGCCACUAGAUUGUACGCUGACUUAUGGCUUUGGUGCGUCCGCUAUGGUGCCUGGGAAACUGCCGACACUUGGAUGAAUAAAUUACAGGAAGCUUUUGUUCUCACACCGCACGAUUCAAUGAUUAACGUUCACACAGCAAUUCGAGUUAUAGAAGGGUUAAUUUUGACAUUAGUUAGUAAGGUGGAAGCAAGAAGUAUCCUAGCUAUUGUUCGACUUCAAGGUGAAAUAGGAAAAUUGAUGGAAAACAUCGAAGAUGCUUUAGACAUUAGCAAGUGUCAUGAGGCCAAAUACAGACUAUUGAAAGUCUAUUACCAAGAAGUGAUACAACCAAGUAAAAACACAAUGAACAAAUUAACAAAGCUUCGCAAGCUGGCAAUUUCUCGGAAUGAUCAUUUAUGCGCGGAAAAAAUUCUCCACACAAUGCAGUACUGGCGCUGUGAGUUAUCACCAAAGAUCGAGUCAUUUUGGAUGGAUCACUGCUCGAGCGUGAACGUUUCGAUGGAAAAUGAUACACGAGAUGACGAGUCAACCUCAACCGAACACCGUUACAAUUAUACCAAUUGCAUUCUUAAUUAUGAACGAAUUUAUCCUUAUUCACUGCCACUGCCAAGAGCGAGAUAUUUCUAAUGAAUAUUUAUGUAAUGAAGCACGAAUAACCCGUCGAUUGAUAAGUCUCGGAACUGAAUAUAUACAUGGCGUUGUGAACCAA